AUGCUAGUUGUUGCAAAAUUCCUCCGCGAUUGUAUCCGCAGACAGCUGUUGACUGCCACAUUCUUGCCGUCUUGGCUUCUUGCGAUCCGAACCACGAUAUUUCCAAUUAAUGGUAGGCCUAGCCUAACGCGGGUUUCCGGGCUUUCUGCGGCCACACAACAGCAGCAGCCUUCCACCCCUAGUUCAGACGCCGAGAUCGGCACCCUCGCCAACAGCAGUUCUAAUACUGACGGCCCAAACCACGGCCACAGAAUUAGCAAUGCCUUACAGGAGACGCAGACAUCGCUUAAUCCAGUCCCGCGUCGACCCAGCAUGGUAGACGCAUCCUCGUCUGGAUCUCAACAACCAUCUGCAGCGGAAUUAAAAUCGAUCAAGCGGGCAUGCGCUGCAAGUAUACUCGCGUUGAUCCCCCGAGCUAUAGCCUUGAAGCUUUUUGCAAUCCGGACGGAUCGAAGAUUAUUUUCUUCAGAGACCAGUACUACAGCCAACGACAGCCCGGAUCAUCUCGUUCAAUCCAGCGUUCCCGAGUCUUCAGUUAAUAGUAGAAUCGACGCGCCUCUAUCAGACGCUGGAUCUGAACCGGGACUGGCAAGAGAUUCGAAUCCGAGCCAGGGAGAUGGCAGGCAUAGUGGGCCAGGUGCUUAUAGACAAAAUAUCCAAACUCACAGCAGUCAUGAUCGUAAUAAAGGCAGGAAGGUGACUGAUGGCAGCCCUGAUCUGCCAAAGGCCAGUUCGGGUAAGGCAUCGAAGGAUCACGAUGAUGAAAAUGCUGCCUUACUGUCCGCGGUUGAACAUGAUCUCCUCGACCUCUUCUCAGAUUCUUACUGUAACAAACAUGUCAUCUACUCCAUUGUCGAGCUCGUUCUCAUUAAACUAAUUCCCGAGAUGGGAGAGCAUAGCGUGACCGAUUUGAUGAACGAACGGGGAGUUUCAUGGUCAACUGCAUCGACUGCAACAACCUGUGAAUGA